AUGGAUGGGGCUUUAUUCAAGGCAUUAGUACUGCCAUUCUGCAAAAUGGAAGAAGUAAUGGAUGACAGUUGGCUUGUAAUGGAAGAAGUGAUGAAUGACAGUUGGCUUGUAAUGAAAGAAGUGAUGGAGGCUUGCAGAUUCUCUGAAAUGAUGGAGAAGAAAACUGAAAUGUGA